CAACAACAACAUCAGGGCACAUUUGCUGGAUUAUUUGACAGUAUGUAAUCUGAUUGAAAGAACCCAUAAUGUUGUAUAAAAUCUGGAACUUUGUUAAGAGGCACAAGAAGAAGUUCAUCUUCGGGGCAGUAGUCUUAUUUGGUGGCAGGUACUUUUAUCAUUAUGUUGCAAGAAAACUCAGAGACUUUCAAGAUAAGGAGGCAGCUGAGUGUCUGGAGCAUGCAAGGCGCCAGCAUCACUUUGACAAUAAUCAAAGGACUUGCAACAUGACAGUAUUAUCUAUGCUGCCAACCCUGAGAGAAAGAUUGGUGACCUUAUUGAAUACAGAAGAAAUUACAGAAAAGCUCAAAUCAAGCCCUACAGAUAAAGUUCAGCUCUGGGAGGACUUGAAAUUGUUAAGUCUCACAAGAGUAAUUGUUGUUGUUUACGCUUGUACAAUGAUGUGCAUGAUGCUGCGGGUACAAUUAAACAUUAUUGGUGGCUACAUGUUUGUGGAUAAUGUUAGACAACAUAAGGGCAUGAGUGCAAAUACAGCAAUAGCAGUGACACCAACACCAGUACAGGAGAGGUACCUAGCCCUCAUUAGAGAAUUUUUUGAUAAAGGGGUUGAAAAUCUGGUGGCUAAAGUUAAAGAUGCUGUGUACAAAGAAACCACCAGUUUGACAUUAAAAGAGAAGUUAUCAUUACAUAACCUAGAAGCAAUCAUUAAACAUAUCCGAGAAAGGAUUGAGAAUGGUAGAGAAGUUAGUAUAAAAGAAAUCCCAACAAUGCCAUUAUGUGAUUUUUUAAUCUGCAGGAAAACGUCUAGUCAGGAUGAUGUUCCUAGCGAUGAUUUAUAUUUACAACUAUUGCAAGAAACACAGGAUAUUCUAGAAAGCCAUGAUUUUCACACAGUGUUCAGUACGGGUUUGGACAGGGGUUUUGCUAAAUUGGUAGAUUAUUUAGCAGAGUUCUAUCAGCCUUUACAAAAGAAUGAAACUUCAAGAGUAGAAUUACAUGAUAUAUCCGUCCCUUUAGCCAAGUUGAUACCAUUCCUUAGUGGGCUGUUGUACAAGCUCGGCAGUGAUGCUCCUAAUCCCCUUGUUCAGGAGUUGUUGUUGUUAGAACAAACAAAGACUUUAGCAGCAAACAUUUAUGAAGCAUUCAGUCAAAUUGAUGACAUUGAAGACCCACAACUGGCGCCAUGAACAAAAGUUUUAGUCAGAUUAAUGUUCUAUUACAUUUACUUCAGAAAUAAUUCAUUGCAGUUACAAUAUGCGAAAUUUAUUUACAAUCAUGUUGAAAUAUUGAUUUGUUGAUUUGAUAGUUCACUAGGGCCCAAGGCUCAUGUUAAGCUGUAGGUAUAGGUGGGAAUUCUGGUGUGUGUCCAACAUUGAGAGAUGACAUCUUUUCUCAGCAUCAUCUUCUUAGGAUGGAUCUUCAACAGAUAUUAUUCUCUAGCAUCUAAGCAUGGAACUCCCUUGAAAUUAUACUAUAGUUCAGCUCUUCUGCAUACAAGGACUGCAACAGCAAAAGAUAAAGAAACCUUUAAAGGACUUCAUUAACUGGAUAGUGGAUUUGCAAUCUGACUAAAGUACAUCUCCAAUUAACGCUACACACAUUGGAUCAGAAGACGUGCUAUUGAUAGCCUUGUUCUGACGACCCUUCCGCUAGCCAAUCGGAGCCUUACUUACAACAUUUUGUAUGUGUAAGUAGAAGUUUAAAAAAUCGAUAUUUAACCUGGGUUUUUCAUAUUUAUAAUUCUUAUGAUGACCACAUCGCAACUACACCCUCGUGUUUUGAGAGAAAUCAUACGUCAUGGUACAGACUUGGUCACGUAAGGUGUCAGACAGCCGGUUAGCUCAGUCGGUAGGGCACUCGCCUUGGGGUCCCGGGUUCAAACCCCGGACUGACUGCACAUUUUUCUCACCCUUUGACAUUCGACGCUAUUUGAUGGUUCAGCCAAAUGCUUGUUGAAACAAGUCGUCUGAUUGGUUCAAAUAAAAAUAGAUUUGCGAAAAUAAAAAUAGCAAUAUCGGAAAUCCAAAAUAUACAGAAGACGAAUGAAUGGGUCAUUCUCAGAUCUUCGUUUAGAAGUUCAUGUACUUUAGUCAGAUUGGUGGAUGUGCUCCAUUGUAGCAUUCUUUUCUCUCAAAGCUUUACAAAUUGUUCAGCUCCACUGUACAGGGGUAAAAAAACAACAUAAUAGACCGCUGUAUGGAUCUUCACCAAACUUGCUUGCAUUGAUAUCUGUAAUUUUUGUUUAGAUGUUACCUUAACUUUUACACAGUUUUCACCAGAGUUAAAGGUGACCUGUCUUAAAAUUGUACAUACCAAAAUUGGCUCCUCCCAUUACAUUGCACGUUUCAUUACUGCUCAUGAAUAGACUCAAACUGAGCCUGCCACUUUUAUCAUUCCUGUGGAUCUUCCUAUACAUUUACUUAUCAUGUAUGAAACAUGUGGAAAGUGUUAACAAACAAAUGAAUUGCACAAGUAAAGUAGCAUUCUAGAGUUUUUCAUAGUCUGUGUUUAGCUAUAAAUUAAGGUUCAUGUUUUUAACCUUUAGCCUGCUGGCAGCAAGUGAUUUUGCCUUUUGCGACCAGUGCAGACCAAAAUCAGCCUGCACAUUUGUGCUGGCUGAUCUUGGUCUGUACUGUUCGCUAUUUAGUCAGUAAAUUUUCAGUGAACACUUCUUUGAAUAGUCCAUUUUAGAAAUUUUGCAGCGUAAAGGUUAAAGGUGUUUUGUUGUCAAAGUGAGUUUCUUCAUAACAUAGAUACAGAAUUGUUCAAAUCAAGUAAGAGAGGCUUUAUGGAAAGGAUGUUGUGUUUUGAAAUUUAUAUUUUGCCUGUAUAACAUUGUUUCAUUUAUCUAUCAAACUUCUCUUUUACUGUCAAUGAUAAUUGUGUACCUUACAUAGUUUUCAAGGUAGUACCAAAGAAUUUACAAAAUAGACCAUAGUAUAUAAUUAUUGUAAGACUCAAACAUCAGUUUUUGAAACACAACCAUCUCCUUGCUCAGAACAAUUUGGUAUAUAUUUUAUACAGAGAAAUGUUUUUAGAGAUAUGUCCUAAAAUAGACAUUUGUUUUCAACUUCUAGGGAUGUUAUGAAGGACUGUAUCAGAUCCUUAAAUCAGACAUUGAAUGCUAUGCAGGAAUUAUUAGGGAUGUACUGAUUAAACAUGUUGUUCAUGAAUCAUAAAUAAAUGGUUGUGAAUGUUCCAGGAAAUAUUUCGUUGUCAGCAGAUUCAGACAUUGUUACAAUGCUAAAAUUAAAUUCUGUGUUAUAAUCCAUUUCAUUGACAGUGUUGCCAUUUUUAGCUCGACUUUUCGAAGAAAAAGAGGAGCUAUUGCACUUGCCCCAGCAUCGGCAUUGGCAUCACCAUCGCCAUUGGUUAAAAUUUUUGAUAAAGUCAGAUAUUUCUGUUACUAUCAAAGCUAUUGACUUGGAACUUAAAAUAGAUAUUUACUACCAAAUCUACACAAGGAGAAACAAUCCCUAUAACUCGGAUUUGAAUUUUGACAGAGUUUUGCCCCUUUUUCUCUUAGAAUUUUUUUAUUAAAGUUUUUGAUAAAGUCAAAUACUGUAAAAUCAUUUAAUUUCAUGGGCAUAAAAUUUCGUGGUUUUGGUCAACACAGCAAUUUCAUGGGGAUAUGAAUUUGUGGAUUAUAACUUUUGAGCAUAAAAUGAAUGGUAAUUUUACUUGUUCGUUGGGAUUAAAUUUCGUGGUGACUCAUCCACGAAAAUUAGUCCCCCACGAAUAUUAAUGAUUUCACAGUAUCUCUGUUACUAUCAAAGCUUUUGACUUGAAACUAAAAAAUAGGUAUAGAUUAUCAAAGUCUACACCAGGAGAAACAAUCCCCAUAACUCUGAUUGAAUUUUGACAGAGUAAUGCCCUUUUUUAACUUAGAAUUUUUUAGUUAUAGAUUUAUAAAGUUUUUACUGGCAAAGCUCUAAUUCAGAGUCAAGCACUGCGUAAAGUUGAGCUUGCUGUCUUACGGACAGCUCUUGUUAUUUAUGGAUAUGUAUGUGUGAUAAUUUUUCAGUACACAAAAUCUGUAAAACAUACUGUAAAAUAUUGCAAUAUUUCUGUCCUUCCAAAAUUACAGGAAGUUUGCUCUUGAUGCCAAUACUUAUCAGAAAUUACAUAUUUGAUUUUAAUCUGGAUUACUCAACAGUGAAGCUAUAUUGCACUGAUUUUAGCUCAUUAAUUUUAAUGAUAUGUUAUUCUAUUGAUUGGCUUUGAAUUAUGCUGUAACAGUUGUAAUUUAUUUAUAAAUUUAGGGAAAUAAAUAAAUUUUGAUUUGUUACCAGUUGAAAUAUCAGUUGUGAUUUUGUACUAAUGUAUUUGUUAUAUAAAUAUAUAAAUGUAAAUCUUA